UAUCCCGACGUCGGCAACUAGGAAAAAUAGUUAGCUAGGUUUAUGAUGGCAGGAGUAGGUGGCGACGCAGUAUCGUAGUACGAAAUAGAAAAGAAAAAAAAAUAACAAAAACAUAAAAGUACUCAUGAUUUCCCCUCAUAUAACUCUUUAGACGGCGUCGAAACGGCCAUCUUUUCAAGCUAAAAAUCGAAUUUCCUUCGAGUUUUUGGCGUAUUAAAUGGAGGAGAAGAAGGAAGACGGCGACUCGGAGAUACAGGAACACGGACCCGAGCACUGGUUCUCAAAAUGGGAGCGACAGUGUUUGGCCGAAGCGGAGCAGAGGGAGCCGAGCGAGGAGGACGUCGACAACGAGCAGGAUAAACUGUGGCAUCUCUUCCAGAACUCCGCCACUGCCGUGGCACAGUUAUACAAAGACAGAGUAUGCCAUCAGCAGGGCCUGUCAUUGUGGGUGCCAUUUCAGAACGCUGCUACAGCAGUCACCAACCUUUACAAAGAGAGUGUUGAGGCCCAUCAGAGAAGCUUCGAUCGGGGCAUCCAGAUAGGACACCAACGUCGUAAUAAGGACAUGUUGGCCUGGGUGAAAAAGCGCCGGAGAACCAUCCGCAGGGAGGAUCUGAUCAGCUUUUUAUGCGGCAAAGCACCACCGCACAGAAGUAGCAGGGCCAACCCUCGGCUGGCCAUGGUGGCCCCCAGCCGCGCUAAUUCACCAGCAGAGACUGGCUCAUCUGUAGAAGCGGACCUCCAGCCCUUCAGGGAGGCCAUAGCACUGCAUGGUCUGAGUGGUGCCAUGGCGAGCAUCAGCGUGCGCUCCGGUGCUCCGGGUUCUCCUACACAUGUCAGUGGGAGCAGCAGUAACGGAGGUGGUGCGAGCGGAGGUGCUUCUUCCGGCUCUGGGCCAGUGUGCCGCAGCAGGCGUAAUGGGCUCCAAGACGUCGACCUAAACACUUUCAUCUCAGAGGAGAUGGCGCUGCAUCUGGACUCUACUGGCGCCGCCUCUGCCGGAGGGGGGGGAGGAACCAGGAAACGAAACUCCACCCAAUGUAGUGAUGUCAUCACAGACUCCCCAACGCACAAACGCAACAGGAUGAUUUGAUCUGCCCCCUGCCAACAUGCGAGGGGAGGGGAUGGUGGGUGGGUUAGCCUUCAAAGCCAAGGCUAGGAGAGGGGGCGGGGGGAUGGAUGGGCUCGUGUGGGACAUGUGCAGAUGUACAGACACGCGCACUCGGAUGCUUCGGCUGAAGAUGAAAACGAGGACUGAAAGCUCUCGAAUUCUAGUCCUUGUCUCCUUUCCCAGCUCUUUUACUACAAAUCAUCGAUCUACAAUCAAGAACACUUAACGAGUGGGCGUGAGUGUGCACGCAGGUGACCAGGAAGCCACGUCGCACAUUCCUCAAACACCGCCCUGGAAAGGAGACAACGAAGAAAGUUCCCGACUUAUCCUGGGAUCCACACAGUUCUUGAGGGGGGCAAUAACGCUCCGUGCUGCUCGACAAGUAAAAGCCACUUUGAUCUUUGACACAUUUGUGCCCUUCCCUCCCUUAACCUCACUCAUCCUCACCCGCCACCUUAAUAAGGAAGUGAGGGCCAUGAUCAAAUCGCUUCACUCAGUGGACUGUGUCGCUCGCCAAACGUUGGACCCGAGUCACCCCUGCGUUAACCCCACCCCCUUCUUUUUGUUACUUCAUCAUUGCAGCUCUUAGUUGGCGUAGCCUGUCAGUGGUGGAGCUAAAUCGCCUAGUAGGAGUACGGGUGUGUGUUUGUGGCAUCACGCUGCCUCAUCUGCCACUUUGUAAGCAGUUCCGUUUGUCUGGCUACUAGGUUGACGGCGUCUAACUACAACAGCAGGCUGUCAGUGUUUGGACAUUCAGACUUUAUUCUCUGCUAAGUGCUCUGCUUCUACAGUGGCUCGAUUUGUACUUCAGGCCGUCACCUUUUCUUUGUUUUUAGUUUUUCAACCACCAGUGUUAAAUUCUAGGUUUGUUGCCACUGUUUUCAGCAGCUUUAGCCAAGUUAAUUUUCCGUUCUUUUUCCACUUUUUUUCCUGUUGUUGUUGCUGUUGAGGAUAAUGGAAAAGGAAUUGUAUUUUCUUUGUUUAUGCAGCUUCUCCAACAGCCCCUUUCCCCCUCUGCUCUAGUCUUAUUAUGAAAGCAGCUGCUGUUUUCCCGUGGUCGUGGGAUGAUUCUGAUGAGUUGCAAUAAGGAUUUUUUUGCACUUAGUUUUCACUUCUGUCUCAUGCAAAUAAAUCGGCUCUUCCAUUUUUAUUCCAGCUGUACCUUUGUCCGGCCCUAAACGUGCACACUUAUGAGUUGUCCACACACUACAUUCACCUCUUUUCUACAAAUGGCGGCGCUGAUCUAAUCAUGCAUUUCAGCCAGGCGCCACAGCACCGCUCAUCAAAAUUAGAACCACUCAUGCUGAUGGCAGUCCUCAGAUUCUGUGUCCACCGUGCUUUUCGAGAUGCUCGAUAACAUUUAGUCCUCUAACUUGAUUAAAAACGUGGGCAGUUUCCCAGGAAAAACCGGCUCGGCACCGCUUUUGUGGAAUAGAGGUUUAAGUGUGGGGAUGCUUAGAAAUAAAACAGGAGCUCUCGCACUCACUUGAUUUUUGUCACUUCUUCAAAAUUAUUUGAACACGUUGCAGAGACUGUUUGACAAAUGGUGUAAGAUAUUGGAAGAAAAAGCCGAACUUAAUUUUUUUAGGCUUUAGGAGUGGUGGCACGCUCAAAAACAACCACCAAACAUGCCACCCGGCGCACACGAGGUAACUGGGCCAGCGUGUCGGAUGGGAAGAUGGAUGCUGUCUGUAUUUUGUGAAAGGGGUGUGUGCAUUAAUAAAAUGUGGAUGGGUU